CACAUUCAUUUAUUACAAUUUUUUUCUUCUAUUUUAAAAUAUUUUUAUUUAAUAGGCAUUGGAUGAAUUUGCAACUAAAUUGAUUGAAGGACAGCAUUAUGCUGCUGAUGAUGUAGCACACAGAAGAGAAAUGCUUUUAGAACGGCGAGGUAAUUUGUUAGACAAAUCGGCUUUUCGAAGAGCAAUGUUAGAGGAUUCAUAUCGAUUUCAACACUUUGAGCGUGACUGUGAUGAAACAAAAGGAUGGAUUAACGAAAAAUUAAAAUUGGCUACAGAUGAAAGUUUUACAACAGAUACAAGUAACAUCAGUGGUAAACUCCAAAAGCAUCAAAAUUUUGAACAAGAACUUAAUGCAAAUAAAAACAGGAUCGACGAAAUAAUUAGUACAGGACAAGAACUUACUGAAACACAUCAUUUUGCUUCGGAAAGAAUCGGGUAAUAAAAGAAUUGUUUA